UUGGUCCCGGUCCAUUGUUGCGUAUUGAUUGCUGCGGAGCGGUGGUAUGGUCGUUGGGACACUCGGUCGUCCUCAUCGCCGUCGUCGUCGUCGUCGUCGUCGGUGGUACAGUCGAGUAGGUUAAGAAAGCGGGACACGCGUACAGAUAGAUCAGUUUUCCGUGUCGUUGUGAUCGAAAGCGCGUUUCGUCGCGUGCGAUCCAUGGAUCUGGGUUUACAAUAUAAUAAUUACACGUAAAAUAUACAAGUAUAUAUACGUAUUUCUUCAUAUAUACAUAUAAUUACACUUUCACAUAUACAUGCAUAUAGAUGACACACGCGACACUUGUAAGUAUAAGUGCGCGCGCGCAACAUAUACACGUAUAAACAUAUAAACACAUGCACGAUACAAAUAAAAAUUAUUUCCAUAUAUGUAUAUAUGCAUACAUAUACACGCAUACACGCGCGCGCAUCUAUAUAUACGUUAUACGUGUACAUAAACAUUUACUUAUAGAUAUAACAAAUACAUAUGUACGAUCGUGUGCGCGCGUGCCUACACGUACAUUUACGCAUACUCCAUAUAGGAAUAUAUAAAUAUGUACAUAUAUAUUUAUGUAUAUUUAUGUACAUAUAACACAAAAUUGAUAUAAUUACAAAUGAAAUACGGAUACACAGACGAAUACGUUGGUGCGCACAUAUAGGCAACAUGAACAUACAGACAGACGUAUAUAAAAAAAUAUAAAGAUACACGCGACAUACAGACAGAGCAUUGAAUACAGGCACGCACGUAUGUGUAUAUACGUGGACGCACGCGUAUGUAUAUAUCAUCGUAGUGGUGGUGUCAGUGGGUUGUUUUCUUGUUUUCUGUUUCUCCCUCUUUCGAGAUUGGAACUACCUGCAGCAUCAGCGGCGGCGGCGGCGGCAUCAGCUGCCGCCGAGCAUGUCGACAUCGACUCAUACUGAUCUUCGAUCACGAUAAACUUGGUGAAUAAUUUUUGAAGAUAGUUCUCGCGAAUUCUUCCCGAGAGAAAAAUCAACAGACGGAAUUAUGUACAUCCGAAUAAUAAUUUGUAGGAGCAGGACCGAAUAAUCGGGGAUAAGAAAGAAAGACAAAGAUUAAAAAUUUCAUCGGUUCGGUUGGUGAAAUAGCGGACGAGAGGAAGCGCAAUAAAGAAUUGCUGAUUCGAAUAAAAAAAAAAUCGGUCAAUCUGAAAUCUGAUUUCGCUACAGGGAAAGGACAAACGAAACGAAACAAAGGAAGAGUUGAACGGACGGGCAAGCUAGAGAGGGUGGAGAGUGAGAUAGAGUGAAAGAGGGUUCUUUCGUGAAGUGAAGAACGAGUGUGAGAAAAGAAUAGAAGGGAGAAACGAGUGUAACGAACGAGAUAAGGAACGAGAGAUAAGGAACUUGGCGGAAGAAGGAAGAAAGAAAAGGAAAAGAGAUUAGGAUUAAACUGGCAAAAAAUCAGCAAUAGGAACGGCAAUAGUAGGAUUUGGAAACAGGUGAAGAUAAUUUCAAAGAGAGCAAGUGUAGGACGGGGGUGGGUGGGUGGGUGGUAAUCGGUGCGUGCGUGCAUCGUGCGUGCAUCGUGCGUCGUACGUGCAUCGUGCGCGGGUGCGUGCGGCGUGCGUGUAUAAACAAGAAAAAGAAGAGGAAAAAGAAGAAGAGGAGGAAAAGGAAGAAGGAAUAAACGGCACGAUAUAAACGGAGAAAAGGAAAGAAAAGAAAAAAAAUAGAGGAAAUAAAGGUUAGUUGGUUUGGUGGUGGUGGUGGUAGUAGUGGUGGCGGUGGUGGUGGUAGUGGUGGUGGUGGUGGUAGUAAUAGUAGUAGUAGUGGUGAGUGGGCGCAAACUGCGCGAAGCUAGUUCGUGGUUGAAAGCUGCAACGAAGCGCGAGGCGUGCAGAGUUGCAGCAGGAAAUUAUGAAGCGUAUAAGGAGCGCCCCGUUGGCCGCCGCUUGUGAUAGCUGCCGGUGAAUGUGUGAUCCGGGGGCAGCAGAGAUCCACCGUAAUGACGACCGAAGAGACGACCGAGCAGCCCCCGGUAGACGACUGCCUGAAGGAACGGAAAUGGUGGUGCUUCCUGCUGUCGAGCAUCUUCACUUUCCUUGCCGGGCUGCUGAUCGUACUCCUCUGGCGUGCGUUCGCCUUCCUCUGCUGUCGCAAGGAACCCGAAUUCGCUCCAAAUGACCCAAAACAGAAAGAGCAGAAGACGAGCCGUCAGGGCAAGGAGUUCGAGGGGACUUUUAUGACCGAGGCCAAAGACUGGGCCGGUGAACUGAUUUCUGGACAGACCACCACUGGACGUAUUUUGGUGGUGUUAGUUUUCAUUCUCAGUAUAGCAUCGCUUAUAAUAUACUUCAUCGAUGCCUCUAGCGAAGAGGUGGAACGUUGCCAAGAGUGGAGCAACAACAUUACUCAGCAGAUAGACUUAGCUUUCAAUAUAUUUUUUAUGGUCUACUUUUUUAUACGCUUUAUCGCCGCCAGUGAUAAGCUGUGGUUCAUGCUGGAGAUGUAUUCGUUCGUGGACUACUUUACGAUACCACCGUCCUUCGUGUCGAUAUAUCUCGAUCGGACGUGGAUCGGACUGAGGUUCCUUCGAGCCCUACGACUGAUGACGGUCCCUGACAUUCUCCAGUACCUAAACAUUCUAAAAACAUCGAGUUCCAUUCGUCUCGCCCAACUUGUAUCGAUCUUCAUCUCCGUCUGGUUAACAGCUGCUGGCAUCAUUCAUUUGCUUGAAAACUCAGGGGACCCGUUCGAGUUCACGAACCCUCAACAGCUUUCGUACUGGACCUGCGUCUAUUUUCUCAUCGUGACGAUGUCCACGGUAGGAUAUGGCGACGUUUACUGCCAGACGGUCCUCGGCCGCACAUUCCUAGUAUUUUUUCUACUCGUCGGUUUGGCAAUUUUUGCUAGUAGCAUACCUGAGAUAAUAGAGCUCGUAGGCAGUAGGUCCAAGUACAGCGGCGAAUACAAGCGGGAACAUGGAAAGAGACAUAUUGUCGUGUGUGGCCACAUCACCUACGAAUCAGUCUCGCACUUCCUCAAGGACUUCUUGCACGAGGACCGCGAGGACGUCGACGUGGAAGUUGUCUUCUUGCAUAGGAAACCACCAGAUCUCGAGCUGGAGGGACUAUUCAAACGGCACUUCACCACCGUGGAGUUCUUUCAGGGGACCAUCAUGAACCCCAUUGAUCUGCAACGGGUCAAGGUCCACGAGGCAGACGCGUGUUUGGUUCUGGCGAACAAGUACUGUCAAGAUCCAGAUGCGGAAGACGCAGCAAACAUCAUGCGUGUCAUCUCCAUCAAGAACUAUUCGGAUGACAUUCGCGUUAUCAUUCAAUUAAUGCAAUAUCACAACAAGGCCUACUUACUAAACAUUCCAUCAUGGGACUGGAAACAGGGCGACGACGUGAUCUGCCUGGCCGAAUUGAAGCUGGGCUUCAUCGCACAGUCCUGUCUAGCGCCGGGUUUCAGCACAAUGAUGGCCAAUCUUUUCGCCAUGCGUUCCUUCAAGACGUCGCCGGAUACUCAGGCGUGGCAGAAUGAUUACCUGCAGGGCACGGGCUGCGAGAUGUACACGGAAACCCUCUCCCCGUCCUUUACCGGGAUGACAUUUCCCCAAGCCAGCGAGUUAUGCUUCACGAAGUUGAAGUUAUUGCUGUUGGCAAUCGAGAUAAAGGGCGAAGGAGGUGGCGACAGUAAGAUAUCAAUUAAUCCACGUGGUGCCAAGAUCGUAGCAAAUACUCAGGGAUUCUUCAUUGCUCAAUCUGCCGACGAAGUAAAACGGGCGUGGUUCUAUUGCAAAGCAUGCCACGAGGAUAUAAAAGACGAAACUCUGAUCAAGAAGUGCAAGUGCAAAAAUUUGGGGCAGCAGCAGCGCUCCUGGGGCCGGGACUUAGUGGCCACAUUCCGGAAAGGCGUGCGAGCUGUUCAAAUGGUUGGAAGAGCAAGUGAAGACUUCUCGUAUGCAAACGACCACCAUCCUCCCCCCACAUUCACUCCGCCAGAACUGCCCAAGAUGGUUCACGUAAGAGGUGAGAUCAGUCGUGACCGAGAAGAUCCAAACGCGAUGAGAAAUCACCGGAAUUCCGUCGGGAUGACCAUGAUGAAUUCAACGAAACAAGUGAAUAAGGUGAAACCGAAUGUGAAUCGAGCGACAAAUGACAGUUUAUCCAGUCCAAAUCAACCGUACAAUCAAAGAUCGCAAGAGGAGUCCGCAUACCCUGGCUACCAUCUCGCCUACGAAGUCAAAAAGCUCAUGCCGACGAGCAGAGCCUCGGGUGGUACGAACGUGAACAACAACGGUGGUCUUCAAGUCGGAAUAGCCGACGAUCAGGCGAAGGAUUUCGAUUUCGAGAAGACCGAAAUGAAGUACGAUUCAACGGGUAUGUUCCAUUGGAGUCCAUCCCGUAACCUCGAAGACUGCAUAUUGGAUCGUAAUCAGGCGGCGAUGACAGUCUUGAACGGACAUGUCGUCGUAUGCCUAUUCGCCGAUCCCGACUCGCCUCUCAUCGGACUGAGAAACCUUGUCAUGCCAUUACGAGCUUCCAAUUUUCAUUACCACGAGCUUAAACACGUAGUAAUAGUUGGGUCUGUGGAUUACAUCCGCCGCGAGUGGAAGAUGUUGCAGAAUCUACCGAAGAUAUCGGUGUUAAACGGUUCACCAUUAAGCAGAGCAGAUCUGCGUGCCGUUAACGUGAAUUUGUGCGACAUGUGUUGUAUCCUGUCGGCUAAAGUGCCUAGCAACGAUGACCCCACCCUCGCCGACAAGGAAGCCAUCCUCGCGUCCCUUAAUAUCAAAGCUAUGACUUUCGACGACACCAUUGGUGUACUGAGCCAAGCAAAUAAUGAACAAGGUAAUUUGACCGCAGUUGGCAGUCCAAUCGUUUUGCAGCGACGAGGAUCCGUUUAUGGAGCAAACGUGCCAAUGAUAACAGAACUCGUAAACGAUAGCAACGUGCAGUUCCUUGACCAGGACGACGACGAUGAUCCGGACACAGAACUGUACCUUACCCAACCGUUUGCUUGCGGUACUGCCUUUGCCGUCAGCGUAUUAGAUUCAUUAAUGUCGACGACAUAUUUCAAUCAGAACGCGCUGACUUUAAUUCGAUCUCUAAUCACUGGUGGAGCAACGCCUGAGUUAGAAUUAAUUCUUGCUGAAGGAGCAGGUUUACGAGGAGGUUAUAGCACACCUGAUAGUUUGGCCAAUAGAGAUCGAUGUCGAGUUGGUCAAAUCGCGUUAUACGACGGGCCAUUAGCCCAGUAUGGCGAAGGAGGCAAGUACGGUGACCUCUUUGUCGCAGCAUUAAAGUCAUAUGGAAUGCUGUGCAUUGGUCUGUACAGGUACAGGUUUCGAGAUACAAGCUCAUCGUGCGAUGCUUCUUCUAAACGAUACGUCAUUACAAAUCCUCCAGAUGAUUUCACGUUAUUGCCUACAGAUCAGGUUUUCGUGCUGAUGCAAUUUGACCCAGGUCUGGAAUAUAAGCCGAGCAGAGGAGCUCGGGGAAAGGAUGAUGCCUCCUGACUGUUGCUGUGUAGCGCCCUCACCGACGGACCUUAUUCCUAUAUCUAAUCACGCAAAGGAAGCCAUCAUGCCGCCCGUCGUCCCUAGUCUAGGUUGGCUGGCAUUAUGGUAUGAUGCCCUCAACGAAUAAUUAUCGCAAACCCCGUCCAUAGAAACGUAUCAUCAACACGUCCGUUUUUUCCGCUGGUUACAUAGUGUGUCACCGGUGAAAAUUUCGUCGAUACUUACGUACAACUGAUUCGGUUUUAUCCUCUAGUGUGUCCAACAGAUUUCUCUGUUCUUUGCUAUUUAUCGCUGCGUGAUUUAUUUUCACAUCGUGUUCGAACAUUUUUUACGUUGAGGCUUGUUUGUGAUAACGAAUAAAAGAAGAAGGUAAAAAAAAAUAAUGUAGAGAAAGAAAAAAGAAGACAAAUGUAAAGAAAGAAAAGAAGAAGGAGGAGGACGAAAGAAGAAUAAUCUGCAAGAGAAAGAAAGAAGUAUAGAAACGGCAAAAGGGAUACCGGGAUGCGGUAUGAUGAAAAACGGUCCGAGGGUAGCUACACGUUAAGCUUUCUAAAUCUUCGUAAGACGAAGAAAUAAUAACGUCUUCGAUGGAAGGCUGAAUAAGGACUGAACGGGCUUAUCUCUGAAGCGUAAAACGGCUGUGUAUAUCCCACGGCCUUUUAUGCAUUCAGCAGUAUACAGAAGAAGUACAGGAAGAAAACAGAAAAAGAAAAAAAAAGAUAUACUUAAAACAAUGCGAAGCAAAACAGCUUAACUAAUAAAAAUGCUUGAGAACAUCUUCAAGGCUGAUCGCUAAGGAAUUGUAAUCGCCUUCGCGACUUAACGUAUACCAUCGCUGUAGCUCAUUCAGGAUAUGUAAAUAGGUACAGAACAAGUGAAUAUGUUGUCAUUUGACGGUAAACUAUAAGCGAAAAUGCGGAACGAGGAGGAAAGAGGAAGAAAUAUGAUUAUUGAUUGAGAUAUAAAUUGCACUGACAGGAACCACCGUUUUGGUCCUUUCAUUGUAAAUGCAUUGUUCACUUUGCAAAGACAGUCGUGUGUUCGUCUCCUGUAUCGUGAUUUUGUAUCUUGCCUUGUCAGCAAAUGGAAAUAUGUAUACAUAUAUGUACAUGUAUCUGUAUAUGCGUAUGUACGUAGGUGAUUCGUGCAAUUAGAACAGACCACAGCUUUUAUUCUGAAAAUGAAAGACUUACAAGAAGUGUGAUAUAUGAUUUAGCAUAUUUGCAAUUUUAUCAUUGUAUAUCUAAUUUUAUUAUGAUUAUGUACACUUCUCUAUGUUCUUCUGUUCUCUUCUUGAUUUAUAAAUACAGAAAUAUUGAAAUAAAUAGUUUAUAUAAUACUCUGUGAUCAGUGUGCAAGUCCACUGAUAAAGAUAUUUAUAUUAUUGAAUGUAAUACGUAAUUUUUAAACGUGAUUUGCAACUUUUUUUGUAACUACAUACAUAUUAUGUAAUAAAAAGUUGACAUCAUAUUUAAUUAUAUAAAUCUAUACCAGAAAAAUAAAAUAUUUAGCACGGUUAUGUAUAUACACAUAUGUUAUUUCUCUAAAUGGGCUUGUAAAAUAUUAAAUCUUCUUAUUCCAUUAUUACAGCAUUUUUACACAAAUAAUGAAAAAAGAUUAAUGAUAAUACAAAGCACUAUAUUUUCUAUUUGCAUUUAAUGAAACAAAUAUAAGCAAAUAUUAUAGAUAGACGUCACGAUAUUUCUAAAAGAAACGAAUAUUAAUUUAGCGUGUUUAUUUUGCUAAUUAUGUACGUAUGAUAUAUAUAUUUUAUUUCAAUUUUUGUGUAAUCAAGAAAAAGGUUAUAGUCUGUUAUACAUGCAACAAUCACCUCGUAUGCUUAGUUUUAGAUGAAACAAUUUGCAAAUGAUAUGUGCAGCGUUACAAAAGAUAGGUACGAACAGGAGUGCAGGACUAUAUGUAAACUUUACCUUGAGUGUCUUCUUUUGCGGCUAAUGAUAAAAAAAUCUCAAUCAAGCACUUUGUACAGAUUCUAUACAUAAACGUGUAUGCAUCUAUGGAUGUAUGUACGUAUGUAGGUACGUACGUAUGUAUGUAUGUAUCUAUGUAUGAAUUUAUGCACGUACGUGCGUAUGUAUGUAUCUAUGUAUGUAUACAUGUAUGUAUGAAUGUAUACAUUUAUGCAUGUAUACAUAUGUGUAUAUAAUUGUAUACGUAUGCGCGUACUUAUGUACGCAUAUAUACACAUAUUUGUACGUGCGUAUAUGUAUGCAUGUGUGUGUGUUUGUGUGUAGAUAUGCAUGUGUGCACGCGUGUAUGCAUGCACGUGUGUAUGUGUAUAUAUAUGUAUGUAUGUAUAUGUGUGAAUAUAUAUAAUAAUUACGAUAAAAAAAUACCCUUUUCCACACAAAUUGAGUAUUAAUCGACUAUGUAUCGAUACGACUAAAUAUACGUUAUAAGUAUAUAUGCACAUAUAUAUGUAUACAUAGACACUCUCUUUUAUAUAUUUUUAUGAAACUCACGAGUGUGUACAUACGAACGUACAUAUGUGUACAUACAUCCAUAUACGUAUACACGUAUGUAUGUAUGUAUAUAUGUCUGUAUGCAUGUAUAUGUAUAUAUAUGUAUGUAUGUAAAAAAAAAACAAACAAACAAACAAACGGAUCAAAUAAGAUAUAUACAUACAAAAUAUACAUAAAAAAAAAAAAUAAGAAAUACACAGAUACACCUAUACACAAAUACUUCUUCCUUGCUCUUUCCCCCGCUCCGCCCCAACCCCCUUUUUUCUGUCACUGUAACAUGACUGAAACACGCACACGUAAUGAUAUAACAUACGAGAGAGAAAAGAAAAUACGUACGAGUGCAUGUAAUAUGGCAACACAAUCACAACACGGUAUGGAUUCACAGAUACAGAUGCAUUAAGAUACAUACACACGCGCAUCCUUUCUUUUUCUCAUGUACACGCGCACAGCGCGCACACAUCACACACCACACAUCACACACACACACACACACACACACACACACAAAACACACGCGAUGGAAAAAAAAGUGAUAUUACAUCGACGAAAUGUGUGAGAAGAAAGAAGAAGAAUGGGGGGAGAGAAAAAAAAAGGAAACCAGGGGAAACGAUUCGCGCGUGCGGAAGCAAAGUAACACGGGGAGUGUACAGGAAAUGGAAAUGGUAUCGUGUGAUCCGACCAAUAUGAUAUACAUUGAAAAAAGCAUCGGUUUCUGUGCUCGAUCGUUAAAAUUCAGACUAACUUACGGGAUAAUAAUAAUAAAAAAAAAGAAAAUGUGCAAAUGGGACGUAGCGGAUCAAUAUUAACGGGGAAAAGAGAGAACACAAAAAAAGUAGCUGUGGUAGACGCUGCCGUGUAUCGCGAUUACGAGUCGCCGCCGCCACCGCCAUUGCUACUGUUUGCAAUAUAUCCAUAUGCACUAUUCACUGCCACUGCAGUUCGUGUUAUAUCGUUGUAUAUAACUUUCUAUGUAUGGCUCGAUUAAGGCGAGAAGGGCCGGUGAGGCGUGCGAAUCGGAUAGCUUGAUGAAUGUAAAAAAAAGAAAAAAAAAAAAAAAGAUUAUAAUAACUAAACAAUGUGCAGCAUCAGCCGCAAUAAGUGUCAUUCGUUGCUCCUGAUUUCCAUUUUAUUUUUUCAUUUUUUUUUUUCUAUUUUUGAUUUUUCGUUACAUUAUUUCGUAUCGAUCCGCGAUACGGAGAACGUCGAUCGAUCUCUCUCUGUUUUUUAAUGUCAAAAUCGAUAUUUAAAUGCGCUCCUUUAAUCGAUUGCGAAUGUAAUGUUACGAUGAGGAUAAAAAUGAACGAUUGUCAAUGAAUCGCUUUCGGCUUUCUUAUUCUUCUCAUAUCAAUCGAACAAUAGCAAACGAAGUUUUAUUUCGAAUAUCGAAUCAACUAUGUGAUCAACUGAUUAUCGAUUUAUCUUAAUUAUAAAAUUUCAAAUGUUAUAUAUUUCCUUUGUGUUUGUAUCGAGACAUGAUAUUCGUUAUCAUAAAAUAAUAUAAUAAAAUAAAAUAAAAUUAAAAUUAUCAAAAUAUUAUAGUAAAUUUUCAAAAUUAAUAAAGAAUAAAUAAAGCUGAAAGUGAAUCAGAAUUAGCUAUGAAAAGUGAACGAAAAUCACAUUUCCAAUUAUUAAUUACGAAAAUUCUCUUAUAUGUUAUUGUUAUUCUUCUCGCUAUAUGACAGUACUAUUCUUUUUCUCUUUUCCAAACUGACCAUUUUGCAUCGGACUUCGAGGAAUCUUUUAAACAAUGAAAACUGUAACAAAGAACAACCAUAAUUGUAAAUGAACUCUUUCUACUUCUUCAUCGGCAAUUACGAUGAAAAUUUCAUAAAAGAAAAAAGAAAGAAAUGGGAAAAAAAGUAUCGAAACGCAAAAGAUAGAUUAGACUUGUUUAUUGAUUUGAUAAAUAUUCGAUUUCUCGAGGAACGAGCAUAAAAUAUCUUAAAAGACGAAAGAAACACAUACUUUAUAAAAUAAACAAAUUACAAUUCGUAAUCGAACCAUCUUGUUUUUUGAGGAGAAAAGUUUGUUCAUAAAAGUCAAUUCUCAUAUAAUUGUUUGACUAAUUUAGCGGCUUUUAGAAUCGCGUAAAUCAAGAUGGAGGACUCUCGAUGACCCUGCCUCGCCUUGAUGCGAUUAUAUAAUGAAAACAAAAGUUUGCGCGUUAGAUUUUGUGGAAAUCGUUCGUUAAGUGAUUAAAAAAAAAAAAAAAGAAAUUUGUCGGAGCCUUGUGUAGAGUUUUAGAUGAUUGGUCGAGAUUUGCGUCGCGUGGGACGAGCCAGGCAGUAGAAUUUUUACUUGAUAAAAGGGUGAAUAUUUCUUGAAUUUUUAAUAUUUAUCAUUUUUUUCCCUUUAAAUUACAAUUGUACAUUUAGUUCGAUUUUUUACGUAAGAAAGAAAAGUGAUUAUUUUUUUUAUACUUAUUAUUUCAUUCACACUUACACAUACACACACAAACACAUACAUUCUCUCUCUCUCUCUCUCUCUCUCUCUCUCUCUCUCUCUCUCUCUCUCUCUCUCUCUCUCUCUCUCUCUCUCUUUCUCUCUUUCUCGAGAAGAAACUGGUGCCUGGCUACUCGCGAGAUACAAAUUAUUCAUGCACUCUCUUUAAUAAUUAAAUCAUGCACCGAUUCAAUCGAUAUCAUCACCCGUAAUCGUAUUUUCGUGCGUCGCACGGAUACACGUGGCGCAUUUGUGUGUAUGUGAGACGUGUGUAUCUAAACGAAGUAUAUAUAUAUAUAUAUAUAUAUAUAUAUAUAUAUGUAUAUAUAUGUAUGUAUAUAUAUAUACAUAUAUAUAUGUGUGUGUGUGUAAUAUAAUUAUAUAUAAUAUAUAAUUAUAUUACAUAUAUAUACAAUUAACGUUAAAAGAAAAAGAAAAAAAAAGGAAAAAAAAAAUAAAUCGAACAAAAUACCAAAAUGAUUCGAAAUAUAUAUGGAAAUUAUAAAAUGUAUAAAGAGAGAAAAAAUUAAGGCGCGCUGAGCGUACGCCACCUUCGAUGCCUCAUUGACCUCAUCUAAUGCUUUUUUAUCUGUACAUUUACAAUUUGUGUACCAAUGAGGAACGUUGUUUAAUCAUGUUGUUGAUGUUAUUGUUAAAGAAUGAGAUUCAAUAUUGUAUAUAACUAUAUAUUCAUUAUAAUUGAUGAUAUAAAUAAUUAUAUACAUAAAAUUAA